AUGUGGUCACUGCAGCCCAAGAGCGUUUCGGACCGGCGGGCUCUCCGCUGGAACGCCGUCAUGGCGAGCGCACCCAUGGUCUAUCUAGUGGUGCUCAAGGUUCUGGGCAUCUACGAUCCCAGGAAUCGGCUCGUGCACCUGCCUUUGAACGUGCUUUGGUUCAGCUCCAUUGCAUUGAAUGCAGCUGCUUUCAGCGCGAAGGCAGCAGCAUCCUGCAGGGAGGCCGUGGCCAUGUCCUUCGCCUUCAUCUUUGCCCUCGUGCCGCCAGUGGCAACGGCAAACGUGAUCUUUAUGCUCGUGUUUCCCAGAUAUGUUUCCUCUGACUGCUCCUUUUUACACAAGGGCUUCGUGGUCGGCGUCGUGGUUCCAUCCUCCUUCUUUUUCUCCCAGUUCUGUUCACGCCAAGCUUGUUUAGUGAUCAUGGGCCCGAACCGGCAUCCUGGUCGCGUCGCGCGGCUGCUCUGCUUCUCCAUGAUCUUGGAGAGCUUCGCUCGACGGAUUCUGCUCUGCGGGGUGCAAGACCUUCGCUUGAUUGUUCUAUCGAGCCUGGUGCUAGGUGUUGGGGACAGCAUUGCGCAGAUCUCCGUGGACCUGCGGGAUGGGAUCGUUUACUCCUGCAUCACCUGUGGUGCUUCGGACUAUAAGCUUUUCGAGCAUCCGGGCCGACGUAGGUUGAGGGCAGAUGCCCUCCUCCUGCACUACAUGAGCGAACACCUGGCCAUCGUGUGCCUUUCUGGCUUUGCGGUCCUGGUCCAGGUGAUCAAUCUUGACCUUCCUGUCGGCUGGGUACUUUGGUCUCUGGUGUCUCUCGUCCUGCAGAUGGCAGUGCGGCUGAUCUUUGACCUCAUCGUUUUCAGCACCGAGGGCCAG